GGGGUAACACGCAGCACGUUCAGCGUGGCUGGACCGAGGCUUUUCCCUCAGCUGCUCCUCUCAGCUGGUUCUCCCUCGGCUGCCCGAGUGGCCUGCUUUUUAUAAUUAUUCUCCCCAGAUCUCACUCUCUCACCUCUUUGUCUCUUGCUUUAGAUCAUCGCCUCUUUUCUCACUUCUCAGAUACCCCAAAUUCUUUUUCACAAGCUGCAAUCAUGGCCUCUCCUCAGAAGAUCCGCACCACCCUCACGGAUCUGCUCAAGAUCAACCACCCCGUCCUGCUGGCAGGAAUGAACGUGGCUGCCGGGCCCAAGCUGGCCGCAGCCGUCACAAACGCCGGUGGUCUUGGUGUCAUUGGCGGUGUCGGCUACACCCCUGAGAUGCUCCGCGAGCAGGUGGCAGAGCUCAAGAGCUACCUGAACGACAAGAACGCUCCAUUCGGUGUCGAUCUGCUACUUCCCCAGGUCGGUGGAAGCGCGCGCAAGACCAACUACGACUACACAAAGGGAAAGCUCAACGAACUCGUCGAUAUCAUCAUCGAGAGCGGCGCUAAGCUCUUCGUCUCCGCCGUCGGUGUUCCCCCCAAGGCCGUUGUUGAUAGGCUCCACCAGCAUGGCAUCUUGUACAUGAACAUGAUUGGUCACCCCAAACACGCGCAAAAGGCUAUCGACAUCGGUGCGGAUAUCAUUUGCGCUCAGGGUGGCGAGGGCGGUGGUCACACUGGUGACGUUCCCACGACCGUCCUCAUCCCCACCGUUGCCAAGAUCUGCGAGGGCAAGAUCAGCCCUUUCACCAAGCUUCCCGUGCAGGUUGUCGCUGCUGGUGGUCUCUUCAACGGUAACUCGCUUGCUGCUGCUCUCAUGCUGGGCGCCUCUGGUGUCUGGAUUGGUACCCGUUUCAUUCUCUCCGACGAGGCCGGUGCCCCCAAGGCUCACCAGGAGGCUGUCCGCACCGCUACCCACGAGGACAACAUCCGCACAAUCAUCUUCACUGUAAGUGGCUCAACGUCUUCAAGUUGGUUAGUCUAACAACAAUAGGGCCGUCCCAUGCGCGUACGCAAGAACGCCUACAUCCUCAACUGGGAGGAGAACCGCGCCGAAGAGAUUAAGCAGCUUACUGCCAAGGGUGUUAUCCCCGUCGAACACGAUAUGGAGAACCUGCCCGAUGACAUUGACGACGACUACCUCGAGAACGCCCGCCCCUAUCUGAUGGGCAAGGUCGCCGCCGUCGUAAACGAGAAGAAGCCGGCCAAGGCGAUCGUCGACGAGCUUGUUGAUGAUGCCGCGGCUCUGAUUGUCAAGGGCAACAAGAUGCUUGCUAAGCUGUAGAUUUUUGUCAAGACUUUCGGCGAAGAUACACCUGUGGCUGCCAUGUGUGUGACAUUUGGUGCUUUCAAUAACUGUAUAUAGCAUUAUGACCAAUUUAAGAUCUCAUUUGGACAGCACUUUGUUCCAUUGUUUGUAUAGCUGUCGUUCCUUUUUGUUGUCCAGCAAUGUCGAGGGAAAGAGGUCAAAUUCGCUCAGUCCAGGCAAGAAGAAGGCUGUGUACCGUAUUCGGUCGGAUUUUACCUUGACUCCGACAAAGCAUGCGACUUCAGCAAUACUUUCGUCGGCGUCCCUAGUUACUCUUUUUUUCUUCAUCUCUGAGACCGUUUCCUUUGAUCUACUGUUUUGUCGCUUACUGUCGUAAUCAAGAAGC